AUGGGCGACUACGCUAGGUCUGCCUCGGACGCCUCAUGCGAGACCGGCGGUGGCUCAGCGCUAUGGUCGGUAGAACUGUCGGGCUCGAGCGCGACCUCGACUUCAUCCCAGUCACAUAAACCCGACUAUCAUCGACGGGAGAUUCAGGUGUUUGAGGAUGGACUCACACAUCUGGACUCGCUGGACUAUUUGAUGUCGAAUUCUGCCGCUGGCUCUCUUGAUGUGGCAAGUAACGACAAGACUAGUCCGACAGCAGAUGAUGCACGUGGGAGGCUCUGUGAGCAAAUCAAGACUCUCGUACGGCAGGUCGAAGUCAGCCAGCAAGCCUCCAAAGGGGGUGCGCUGGGGAGCGCUAGUGCAUUGAAGGGCCUGGAACUCAACGAUGGCUACCGCUCCAAAGGCAUCAGACUAUUGCAUCAACCGCUCGCAGCCCGUCCGUUGGGUUGCACGAAGCUUUUGAAACGACGACAACUCGAGCUCUGGCGCAAUUACUCGCAGAGUAUAGCACCUUGGCUUGAUGUGUGCGGAUCCAAGCGACAUUUCCAGCACAGCAUACCACUGCUCGCCAAGGGUGCCGACUACUUACAUUAUGCAGUCCUUGCAGCAUCGUCUCGGCAUUUGGAGCUGCAGGAUACCGGAGAACAAGGCAGUGAGAGCGCGGGACUCUAUGCAGAUGCUGUCCAGCUUCUGCUACCCGAGAUGCAUACUUUGGACACUCCAGCCAUUGCAGCCUGCAUCCUGCUUUGUGUGACGGAGCUGAUGAACAACCCGCCACAAUCAUGCCAGCCCAGCCUUGAGGCAUGUGCCGCGAUAAUGGAAGCAUCAGAUGUCAACGUCCGCAGCAGCGGUAUCCAGCAGAGUCUGUUCUGGGCGUUUGCGAAUCUGACAAUUGCGAAUGGCUCGAUGGAAGCACGUGCUCCCGUGGUGUCGAUGCGGCAGUUCUAUCCGACUGAGUCUUUAUCAACGGCCACCAGCUAUGUCCGUGCACAAACCUGGGGCGAAGGUUAUGCCAAAUACGCAGUCUUCCUGACAUCAGGCAUCGCUAGCGUGGUCGCGAACGGCAGCAGCAACGCCAAAGGCCACCAAGGGAGCACGGAGUUGUUGCGGUGGAAGGUGCUGUUCGACCUGUUGGAGGAUUGGCACCACUGUCGUCCAGAGGUGAUGCAAGCUCUCAUGUCGUACCCAUCGAUUCUGGACGAUUAUCGCCAUCCUUUCCCCAUGGUCUUGUACGAUUGCGCGGCGGCAGUGGUUGGCAACUUGCUAUACCAUGCAGCGGCGAUAUCUCUGUUGCAACAAAAGCCUCAUACGGUGGAGCUACCCAAAAACCAGAAGAGCUUGCUCUGGCACGCAAGACAGAUUUGCGGCAUCGUGGCAGAGAACCAUGAAAGAGGAGUCUGGCCGUACGUACUUCAACCACUGUGGACAGCAGGCAAGGUCAUCAGCAAUGGCGUGGAGCGGGAAAAGAUAGUUGAGAUGCUGGGCACGUCGCAACGCGAGUGCGCGUGGUCUACAGAGUGGUACAUAACGGACUUGAAGCGGCACUGGGGUACAAAUUGA